AUGGGGGAAUGGGACUACCUGGGCGGACUCUUCGACACCCUCCAGGCCCACUCGCCGAUGCUUGGCCGGUUCUGGCUCUUGCUCAUGCUGGUCUUCAGGAUUCUGAUCUUGGGAACAGUCGCCAGUGACUUGUUCGAUGACGAGCAGGAGGAGUUUGCCUGCAACACCCUCCAGCCGGGCUGCAAGCAGGUGUGCUACGACAUGGCCUUCCCCAUCUCCCAGUACCGAUUCUGGGUGUUCCACAUUGUCCUCAUCGCCACGCCAUCUCUGGUCUUCCUCAUGUACGCCAUGCACCACCACAACAAGAGGGCAGGGCGCUCCCAAUCCAGCAUAACCAGCAGCCAGCAGCAGAGAGAGGACCGGCGCAUACGGAGGCUCUACAUCGUCAACGUGGCCUUUCGCUUAGUGGCAGAAAUUGGCUUCCUUGUGGGCCAGUGGAAGCUGUACGGCUUCAAGGUGGAGGCCCAGUUCCCCUGCAGCCGCUUCCCCUGCCCCUACACAGUGGACUGCUUCACCUCCCGCCCUGCAGAGAAAACCAUCUUCCUCUGCUUCUACUUCGCCGUGGGGGUGUUAUCAGCCUUUGCCAGCUGUGCCGAGUUUCUCUACGGCUCCGUGAAGUGGUUUUGCUUGGGCAAGAAGCCCUACCCCAUAGAGCGCACCUGCGACUGCCAGAACUGUGAGAACCUCAAGAACUGCAAGCAAGAGGAGAAGGAGGAGGAGGAGGAGCUGGCCAAAGGAAGGACGGGGUCACAGAGUGCGCCCGGCAGCAUGAGGCAGCAUGGGGGGUCACAGAGGAGCAGUCGAAAGGUCUCCAGCAUCGGCCACAAGCACAGGGGCGGCAAACAUGUGAGCUGCAGGACAUUCAUGGUGUGA